AUGAGCAGCUUCAUCUCUUCGCUGCUGACUGACCUCGGACUUCUUACCCGCACACCUCCCCGCCACCCUCAACCCGAGUCGGAGUUCCCUCAAAGCGGACAAACAAAGUCAUCCUCGAGUGAACCCAGCCAACCCACCGUGAGCGACCAAAAAUCCGAUCGUGGAGCCUCAGAGUCUAUUGCCGGAGAUGCGGGGUCCUUGCCCAGCCCUCCUUUCUUUCAAACCUUACCGAAAGACAUGGAUGGCCGCACCGCAGACCUGUCGGUCACUCGACCUCUGACCGGCGAAUUCAUGGCCGGGGAUCGAACCGACAAUGUAAGCAAUUCAAAUACAGACCACAACCCUAUGACUCAUCAGGAUUUGUCUACUCAACACGACGAUUCGGCGAGACCAACGAACGGGCCAACCAGUACCGACCCGAGCCUGGGACAUGAAACAAGGCACGGCACUCAACAAAGUCCGCGUCAGACUUUUGACAUUGAUGAGCUGGGGAAAACCUCUUUACCGGCGGAUGAUGGCAUGAAGUUACUCAGGAAUAAAAUCCACGCCAUACGGGACUUGAAUCUCAAUAACGAUGAAAAGGCACGAAGGGUUCACUACCUCAUGACAGAAAGCUAUAACUCUACUCGACCAUUACCGCCUAACUCCCCAACUCUUACUUCUUCUUGCUUGGAUGCACCCGCAAGCCCAUUAUCCCCUCAAGUGAACCCAGUGAAUUCGAAGCCAACGAGCCCCACAUUGACCGCGUCCAAUACCCAAUAUGAAAGCUUGUUCAAUCUCACAGCCGAAGAUUUACAACCUUCAUAUGUGCCGAGAGUCGAACCCGAAUCACCUAUAGUCGAGACAGGCGAGGAGGAUCCAGAUACCGAAGAGUUGAACGGGGUGCUACUAGGCUGCCAGCACUACAUGCGAAAUGUCAAGCUUCAGUGCUUCACCUGUAAAAAAUGGUAUGCGUGCCGUUUCUGCCAUGAUGAGUUUGAAGAUCACCAUUUGAUUCGCCGAGACACGGAAAAUAUGCUAUGUAUGCUAUGUGGCCAUCCCCAGCCUGCGGAUCAGCACUGUAGGCAGUGUGGUGAACAGAGUGCGCAAUAUUAUUGUGAUAUCUGCAAGCUCUGGGAUAACGAUGGCGAAAAAAGCAUCUAUCAUUGUAAUGAUUGUGGCAUAUGCCGGAUUGGCCAGGGGCUUGGAAAAGAUUUCUUCCACUGCAAGACUUGCUGCGUCUGUCUGCCUAUCUCGAUCGAAGACACGCAUCGGUGUAUUGAAAGAUCCACCCAGUGCGAUUGCCCCAUCUGUGGUGACUACAUGUUCACUUCUCCAGAAACAGUGGUCGUGAUGCGAUGUGGUCAUAGCAUGCAUCGUAAAUGUCUAGAAGAAUAUUCAAAGAGCUCGUUCCGUUGUCCAGUCUGCAACAAGACUAUCGCCAACAUGGAAUCGACGUUCAGAAACCUGGAUCGCACAAUCGAGAGCCAGCCCAUGCCUGUCGAAUUCAAAGACACGAAAGGUCUCAUUUAUUGUAACGACUGCGGCGCCAAAUCAGUCGUCAAGUACCACUGGCUUGGCUUAAAAUGUGAUUUGUGCGAAUCUUACAAUACAGCUCAAAUCCGACUAUUGCAAGGAGAUGUUUCUGCUGUGCUUGCGGAGGAGGGCGUCGGUGGCUUCCCAUCGCGGACCCGAUCAUCAUCUUUGAAUGCCAGUGAGGAGACGACAACCUCACUGAGAGCACUCCACCUAAAUACGAACCCAACACCCGAGUCACGCCUCAGUGUUCCAUCACCUGCUGGACCAGACCAGCGCUCUGUGCCAUACAAUAUGGCCCACGGCCGUGCAAUUUCCCCGGUCGUCAGUAAUUAUUUCGGCCUCCCUCCGGAGCGAGAACCUGAAAAGCCCUCGUCUUUACCUUUCUUCGGCGGCCCACCGCGAGCGGAUAAUGAAACAGAUUAUGGAGCUUUGAAUUUCUUAAGCAAGAAACUUCGAGAUCGCUAUGGAUUCCUUGCCGGUGAUACGGCAGCCGAGGGCCCGUCAGAAGUCGAUGAAGAAGACGAGGCAGAGUCCACGGACGGUUCGGCAUCAGAAGAGGAGGAUGACGAUGACGAAGAAGAGGAUGAGUACAUGGACAUUUUUGGUCACCGAUGA